AUGGCCUCUCCUACCUCAGCAAAGUCUCCUAUCCAUGAGGCACUUGGAACUCCUGUUCUCACACGACAGAAUUCAUUCGACCUGGAGAGUUUUCGAGAUUCGCUUCACGCCCCUGUGUCGGAAAGUGGUGCUGCUCCACUCAGUGAAGAAACCCCAUUGAUGUCCGCGCACGAACCAACUCGUACAACGAUUCGGCGCCACCAUUUGCCUUUGCCUUCUACAACACCGGACAGUAAGAAGAGGAAUUCUCGAGAGCCAUCGCCUGCGAAGACAAGAUGGGCCACAUUCUUGCAACGCAGCAAAUAUUACAUGCCUGGCCUGAAAUGGAUCCCCUCGUAUUCUUCAUCCUCGCUUACUGGAGACAUUGCGGCAGGCGUGUCUGUGGCCUCAGUCAUCAUUCCCCAAUCGAUGUCCUACGCCACCUCCCUUGCUCAUGUGGAUGCAUCCUCUGGUCUCUUGGCCGCUUCAAUCCCCGGUCUUGUGUAUGGAAUUUUCGGCACUUGUGCCCAUUUGAAUGUUGGGCCUGAGGCUGCGCUUACACUGCUUGUGGGCCAAGCUGUUUCAAGCAUUGUUCGCGGUGAUCCACAUAGUGGGCACGGAUUGUUUGUUGCUACUGCGGUAUCAACCAUGAUCACAUUUCAAGUUGGGCUCAUAUCAUUCCUUUUGGGACUAUUGCGCCUUGGUUUCAUGGACGUGAUACUGAGUCGAGCGCUUUUGCGCUGUUGUCAUUAUGGUCGAGCAAUUAAUCCCGAUGUUGGGCUUGAAGUCAUUCAACACGAAGUCUCACAUCCGCCAGGGACAACACUAGAAAAAAUUGCCUUCCUUAUCGACAACGCAUUCACCCCCGGCAAAGGUCUCACUGCGGCAAUUAGUUUCACAAGCUUUUUCAUCUUGUUCAUUGCCAGAGCAGUAAAGAGGAGGAUGGCUAGCGUUGGGGGCAAAUGGAAAUGGGCAGCUAAUAUACCAGAGGUUUUCAUCCUCGUUGUUGUGACGACAAUUUUUUCCGAUGUGUAUGAUUGGCCAGCGGACGGUGUCACCGUUCUCGGUCGUGUAAAGGUGAACUUCGGCACACUCGUCGAUUGGCCGCUCAAGACGCAUACAGUCAAGUACCUCAAGAAAACCACAUCAACUGCCAUUCUCAUUUCCAUUGCCGGCUACUUAGACAGCAUAUUAGGUGCAAAACAAAACAGCGACAGAUUCGGAUAUUCUAUCUCCCCGAACCGUGAGCUCGUCGCUAUUGGUGCUGGUAAUCUUGUCUCAUCAUUCUUCCCUGGAACGCUCCCUGCGUAUGGUGGAAUUACUCGAUCGAGGAUCAAUGCCGACUCUGGAGGCAGGACACAAAUGGCAUCUGUUAUUUGUUCGAUGCUGGUCAUUUUGGCGGUAUUCUUCCUUUUGCCCGCAUUAGUAUAUUUGCCGAAGUGCGUUCUAGGUGCAAUCAUUGCCUUGGUGGCGACCAAUAUCCUAACUGAGAUACGACAUGAUGUCCUGUAUUUCUGGGGGAUGUCGGCCUGGACUGAUUUAGCCAUGAUGCUCUUGACGUUCGCAUUUACAGUCAUAUGGAGCGUUGAAGUUGGGAUAAUCGUUAGCGUUACCUCAUCCUUGUUAAUAAUUGUGAAGCGGUCUUCAAGAACCCAUAUAAAGAUUCUCGGUCGUGUGCCAGACACAGAUAGAUGGAAACCCAUUGAAGAGGAUGAAGAGAACCAUACCGAGACCCCCGGUGUUCUGAUUGUGAAAUUGAAGGAUGAUUUAGAUUUUGCAAACACCGGUCAACUGAAAGAAAGACUCAGGAGAUUGGAGUUGUAUGGCCCCCGAAAAGCUCAUCCGUCAGAUCCCAUACGAAGAGAAGAAGCCCGUGCAGUUGUCUUCCACAUGUCUGACGUAGAGAAGAUCGAUGCAUCGGCCGUACAAAUAUUCUUGCAGUUGACGGGGACGUAUAAGAACAGAGAUGUUCAGGUUCACUUCGCGCACCUGAAGCAAAAACAUCUUGAAGCAUUUCGCAGGGCUGGCAUGGUUCCACAGAACGUUCCUGAGCAUAGAUUUCAUAAGAAUGUGGCUGGUGCCAUGCGAGCGAUCGAGCAGUCUUGGUCUGAGAGUGUGGCUAUGCAGUCGGCUUGA